UCGUCGUCGUCGUGCAAUUAGGGUUUGCUGCCCCCACCCCCCUCCCUUCGAUACCGGCCCUUCCGCUUUCCUCACUCCCCCUCUCUCUCGGAGGUCUAUUCUCUUCAUCAUCCUUCCUCCUCGCCCCUUCUUGCUCUCUUUUUGCUUCACUGUGUGUUUCUUGCUUCGCGCAAGGGUUCUUCACAGUCCGCAGCCAUGGCGAAGCGGGGGUUGAUGGAGCAGGAUCUUAGUAAGCUGGACGUGACGACGCUACAUCCGCUGUCACCUGAAGUUAUCUCUCGUCAGGCCACCAUCAAUAUUGGUACAAUUGGCCAUGUGGCUCACGGGAAGUCGACAGUAGUGAAGGCCAUAUCUGGUGUGCAGACCGUCCGAUUCAAGAACGAGUUGGAGAGGAAUAUCACCAUUAAGCUGGGUUAUGCCAACGCCAAAAUCUACAAGUGUGAAGAUGAGCGCUGUCCUCGACCCAUGAGCUAUAAAGCUUAUGGGAGUGCUAAGGAAGACAAUCCUCUUUGUGAUGUUCCUGGAUACGAAUCUGCCCGCAUGAAGCUGUUGAGGCAUGUCUCAUUCGUCGAUUGCCCUGGACACGAUAUUCUCAUGGCUACUAUGCUUAAUGGAGCUGCUAUUAUGGAUGGUGCUUUACUUUUGAUUGCCAGCAAUGAGAGUUGCCCCCAGCCCCAAACUUCGGAGCAUCUUGCUGCCGUCGAGAUUAUGCGCUUGAAGCACAUCAUCAUUCUCCAAAAUAAAAUUGAUCUGAUUCAGGAAAGCGUGGCUAUUAACCAGCACGAGUCUAUCCAAAAAUUUAUUCAGGGGACGAUCGCCGAUGGGGCUCCUGUCGUGCCCAUUUCAGCUCAGCUCAAGUAUAAUGUUGAUGUGGUAUGCGAGUACAUUGUGAACAAGAUUCCUAUCCCAGAGAGGAACUUCGUGGCUCCUCCGAACAUGAUCGUUAUUCGGUCGUUCGAUGUCAACAAGCCUGGUGCCGAAGUUGACGAAAUCAAGGGUGGCGUGGCUGGUGGCAGUAUUCUGAGGGGAGUGUUACGGGUGGGGCAAAGAAUCGAAGUGCGGCCUGGAAUCACUACCAAGGACGAGAGUGGUGGAAUCAAGUGCACACCAAUUUUCUCGCGAAUCACAUCCUUGUUCGCUGAGAAGAAUGAGCUCCAAUUUGCGGUGCCUGGUGGUCUAAUUGGAGUGGGAACAACCAUUGAUCCUACUCUUACUCGUGCUGACAGACUGGUUGGGCAAGUGCUUGGUGAGGUUGGGGAGCUUCCUGAUGUCUUUGUGGAGUUGGAGGUCAACUUUUUCCUUCUUCGAAGGUUGUUGGGUGUGCGGACCAAGGGUUCGGAGAAGCAAGGAAAGGUGUCCAAGUUGACUAAGAGUGAGGUUCUCAUGUUGAACAUCGGGUCUAUGUCCACGGGAGCUCGUGUGAUUGCUGUUAAAAACGAUCUUGCCAAGUUGCAACUAACUACUCCGGUCUGCACUAGCAAGGGAGAGAAAGUGGCUCUGAGCAGGCGAGUGGAGAAGCAUUGGCGUUUGAUAGGGUGGGGUCAAAUUCAAGCCGGAGUCGUUAUUGACAUUCCACAAACAGCGUAGAGCAGAGACAUUUGUGAUAAUUAGUAAUUUGAUAUCUGAAAUUUUGAGUCUUGGUGAGGGUGUCGAGGACCAAUUUGUAACCAUGUGGGCUUUGACCAACUUCAUGAAUUCCAAAUGUUCACUCCUCUGUGUUUGUCUAUUGAGGGGUUCUUUUUGUUCAUUA